AUGGCUCAAAAUCGGCUGUUUAAUAUUGAACGUCGUUUAGCAAAGGAUCCUGAACUAUAUUCCGCGUAUCGUGACUUCAUGGAUGAAUAUCUGUCACUCGGUCACAUGCGCCUAGCUGAUAAACCAGGAAAAUAUUGUAUCCCACAUCAUGCGGUAGUGAAACGGGAAAACGAAAAAAUAAAAAUUCGGGUAGUCUUUGAUGCGUCGGCCAAGUCAUCUUCUGGUUUGUCACUCAACGACUGCUUGGCAACCGGACCAAAAUUACAAAGUGAUAUCACCGACAUAUUACUUCGUAGCCGUUUCCACAAGUUCUUGUUCAUCGCCGACAUUGAGAAGAUGUAUAGGCAGAUCCGAGUCAAUGAUGCAGAUUGUGCGUAUCAACAUAUACUGUGGCGAAAUUCGCCCACUGAAGAAGUCAAAGAAUGUUUACACCAACUGGACUCAGAAAAUGGAACCGAAUUUCCUUUGGCAAAAAAUCUGUUAGUUACAUCAACGUAUGUUGACGACAUUGUGGCAGGUGCUGAUACCGAAAAGGAAGCGCUGGAGCUUCAGGAUCAAGUCAUAUCCCUAUUACGCAAAGGUGGGUUCAAUUUACGAAAAUGGGCCAGCAUAUGUGAGGCAGUAUUAAAAGGUAUAGCUGCUGAAGACCGCGCAAUAGACUCAUCCUUUGAACUUAAAGAUGACCAAUCAGUAAAGGUAUUAGGUUUACAUUGGAGUACUACGUCGGAUGCCUUAGGCUACCACAUUAACAUCAACAAAGUCGAACCAACCAAGCGCGCCAUACUUUCUACCAUCGCUCGUCUAAACGAUCCUGUUGGCGCGUUGGGCCCUGUGGUAUUUUGGGCCAAGUGCAUUAUGCAAGAAUUGUGGAUAGAGAAGUUAGAUUGGGAUGCGUCGCCUUCGUCCGACAUAAUUGAUAAAUGGCAUAAGUUCACAACUGAACUACCUGCGUUAUCUUCCUUCUCACUCUCUCGUUAUAUCAACGUAUGCGCGUCAAAAACCAUACAGUUAUUGGGUUUCGCGGAUGCUUCUAAAAAAGGAUACGCGGCGGUGGUCUAUUUGAGAGUCAUUGAUAUGCAGGAUGAGGUAACGGUCCAUUUUCUUACGGGUAAAACAAAAGUCGCCCCUCUUAAGGCAUCACAGACGGAUGAGUCACUGACAAUACCACGGCUAGAGUUGUGUGCCGCCUUGUUACUUGCGCGACUGCUGUCUCAUCAACUCUCCGUGCUUCGUGAUAUCGUAACGAUAGAUUGUGUUCGAGCAUGGAGUGAUUCUACCAUUGUCUUGGCUUGGCUUAAUGGGGACCAAAAGCAGUUUAAAAUAUUUGUUACUAAUCGGGUGGCGAAAAUUCGUUCUCUUCUGCCACACUGUGAAUGGUCUCAUGUACGAUCACCGGAUAACCCUGCAGAUCCUGCAUCGCGAGGCAUGCUGCCUGAAGAACUUCUUACCAAUCAAUUAUAUUUAAAUGGUCCAGAGUUUCUGCAAGAUGCCAAUUGUCAGUUUUCAAGUUUGAUGCCGAAUGAGUUUUCACCUGAGCAACUGCCAGAGAUAAAAACCUCAGUUAAAAAUGUUUUAUAUGUUCAGGACAGUAUCCAGUCUUCAGACAUGAUCAGUCAAUUUUCAACAUUAACAAAAAUGCAACGUGUGUUGGCGUACUGUUUUCGUUUCGCCCGUCGUCGAAAUAUUCCCAAGAGCAGUGGACCAAUCACUCGGAUGGAAUACGAACGUGCCCUGAACGCAGCUAUUUUAUGUACGCAAAUGACAUAUUUGUCGGAUCUACAUAAACAGAUCCAAAAUCAAGGUUCCAUAACUCCGACAACGAUAGCCCAGCUAGCUCCCUUUAUCGAUUCAAAUGGAAUCAUUCGAGUUGGCGGAAGAUUAAAACGUGCGCUAUUAGAUGAAAAUGCAAAAUAUCCAAUUCUUUUGCCUCAAAAGACACAUCUUACAGAAUUAAUCAUUCGACAUUUUCAUCAUAUCUCGUUACACGGAGGAUCAAGAUUGCAAUUACUCCGUCAAGCUCAACAGUCAUUUUGGCGUCGAUGGAGCAACGAAUAUCUGCAUACACUACAGGGAAGUCAAAGGUGGUUUAAGCAGACACCAAAUCUAAUGGUUGGCGAUCUUGUAGUUAUAAACACACCAUCACGACCACCCAUGGCCUGGCAGAUAGGUCGAAUCAUUGAGGUUCAUCCAGGUGAGGACAACAUUGUGCGUGUAGCGACCGUCAAAACCCAAGAAGGCACCCUCAAACGUCCUGUUGUCAAGCUGGUAAAACUUCCAGUUGAUCCAAGACCUUAA